UACGCGAAAUUCAAACGGCGUCAGUGUCUUGCAAUAAGAGCGUUUAGAGUAUUUUGGAUCACAUAUACUACAAUAUUGCUUGUUUCGUGAGGGUCGCUGAGAGCUGAACACCAGGUGCCCCUGCUUAAUCUAUUCACUGGAUAACAACAAUUUAUACUGCAGAAUGUGUUCCUCUCCUUUUGGACUGCUCUCAGUUGCAUCUUGUGAAAUAUUUGCUCGGGACCACACAGGAUGAAACGGACAUCAGCAUUGCAAUAAAUUAGCCUAAUUGAAAUUCAGCAAGAAGUCUUCUCUGAGCUAUAGGAGUACAUACAUUUAUGUAUUCUGAUUAAACCAGACAGCGUUUGAUAGAUCGCUUGGCAUCUUACUGACAGUGGGAAGUCUGGAAUACAAGAAUAAAUGAACCUGAGUGGACAGACAGACUAUUAACAAUAUCCAACAUGUUUAAACGUGGCUGUGGGCUGGAGUUCCUGUUGGUACUCUGCGGACUAGAGCUCUCCUGGUCUUGCCCACGUCACUGCAUUUGCUACAUGGCCCCCAGCACUGUCAGCUGCCAAGCCCACAACUUCCUGUCCGUCCCAGAAGGCAUUCCCCCACACAGUGAACGCAUCUUCCUCCAAAACAACAAGAUCCAUCGACUACUGCGGGGCCACUUUAGCCCUACCACGGUCACUCUGUGGAUUUACUCCAACAAUAUCACAUAUAUCGAGCCAUCAACUUUCCAAGGAUUCACAUUGCUGGAGGAAUUGGACCUGGGAGACAAUCGCCACCUACGUUCACUGUCUGCAGAAACCUUUCAUGGGCUGGGCCGGCUCCAUGCCCUCCAUUUAUACCGCUGUGGCCUCAGUGCACUGCCGAACGACAUCUUCCAGGGUCUCCGCAACCUCCAGUAUCUGUACCUGCAGGACAACCAUUUGGAGUAUCUGCAGGAUGAUCUUUUCGUGGACUUGCACAACCUGAGCCACCUGUUUCUUCACGGGAACCGUCUGUGGAGCCUACACCAAAACACAUUUAGGGGACUGGGGGCUCUGGACAGGCUGCUCCUGCACCACAACCAACUGCAGUGGGUGGAUCGUCUGGCAUUCCACGACCUGCGACGACUUACUACUCUCUAUUUGUUCAACAACUCCUUGACGGAGUUAGCUGGAGAGUGUCUGACCCAGCUGCCUGCCCUGGAGUACCUUCGCCUCAACGACAACCCUUGGGAGUGUGACUGUAAGGCUUUAUCACUGUGGGACUGGCUCAAAAAGUUCCGGGGGUCCACGUCAUCAGUGGGUUGCUUGGCACCGGCAGAACUGGCAGGCAAAGAUUUGAAACAACUGAGGAAAGAAGACUUCCCUAACUGUUCCGGAUCUGAGUCCCUGCACCAGAGUAAGACCAAGACUUGGGCAGGAACAGAUAAGGUCUCACUGAAGCAGGAGCCCCAUCCUGCCCAGCCUCCACAAACACACCCACACCACCCCCAACUGAAUGAACAAUACCCUUCUCCUCCCUCUCCCCUGCCCCAGCCACCCCCUGCCAUAAAUGGUGUACUAGCAGGACCAGGAGGGUCUCCGGGCGCAGACCCUGCUCAAAGACCCGGCCGCUCUCGGAACUGCACACGCCAACGUGUCCGAGGCAGAAAGGGAAAAGGACCCAACGAGGUCCAUAUCUUAAAAGAGAUGGCGGAUAAGGAGUAUUCCUCACCCGAUUUCACGGGGAAAUAUGAUGAAACAUCUUCCGAUGGUUCAAACACCCGCAGAAAGCACAAAUGUACCCCUCGGACCUCUGUGCGUCCCCCAAGUGGGGUCAAGCAAGCCAACAACUGUGGACACUCUCACCAUACAAAUCUCUUUCUCUCUAGUAUUCUGGGAAUGCUUGUGCUCAUUCUGCGCUGAACUCAGUAUUGGACUAUCAUGGAUACACCGCAGUCCUCAGAUCAGUUCUAGCUCCAGCAUUACCAGGCCUACUAAUGUGUGUAUGUUUGUGUGUGUAUGUGUGAGUGAUAAAGUGUAAUACAUUGUAUAAGGAGCUUUGCCAUUUAGACUGAAAUAGAUGAAAACUGAACACUGGAUGUUAUAAACUCAAAUUUGGGUUGGGGAAAAAGAAGAAUAGUAAAGCAAACCGAACAUGCUUGCACUGCCACCGUUGCUUUUCCCCCCCCAUUUCCUAUUGGGCUGGUCUCUCCUUCUAAAAGGAAAACAAUCAAAAAUGACCCUGGGUCAUUCUAAACUCCAGGUAAACUGAAUCCUGGGUUAUCUUGCUUCACGUUUCACACUGCUCAUAUUUUUCCCUGGGUAAACAAUUAAUCCUGGGUUUCAUAAAGUGAAGUUUCAUAUUGAACAUUCCUAAACCCUGGGUUAACGUUCUUAUUUGCAUAUUUGCAGGGUCAGUAUCAUUAGUCCCUUUCACACAGCAAUCCCGGUAAAAUUACCAGAAUGACUUUAGCCGUAAAUACACAAAUAUGUGUGUAACGCAGUUCAGAUGUUAUGGUAAGAAGGAGGUGGGAACCGGUGAAAAUUUUAAGAAUGUAAUAACAAAGCAAUUACAAAACGAAAGUAAAAGACAGCAGCCCCUCAAGGAUGUCUGGUGUCACAUAAUAAAACAAACAACCCAACAUAAAUCCCGGGCUGGCAACACGUUGAAAAAGCAAUCUCGAGCGCAACACGUUGAAAAAGCUGCGAGUCCAGGAGCAACAGUCAAAAUGAUCAUCUAGCCCAUAUUUAAAUAGAAAAACUAUUUUUCCAUUAGAUAAUCACAUAAUCUCCAUAAGAACUCUGAUUGGCUCGAAGCAGACUUCUUACAUCAGCAUGUUUUGACUAUAUACAGUACGUGUUUCAUACCGCUGAUAUUCAUUCUGUGUUCACACAGAGCAUAUUAGAGCCCAACCGAUAAAGGAUUUUGAAGGCCGAUACCGAUACAAAUAUUUUUGGGUUUUAAAAUCCGAUAUUCCGAU